ACAUAUUGAGGUUCUUUGAAUCUUGAGGCUUUGUAAGAAAGACAGAUGGGUCUUCAUCUUACAGUGAUGUGCCUGCUUGUUGUGGGCUGUGUAAUUAUCUUUGGCUUUGUGAGCAAAGUUGUGAUCAACAUAUGGUGGAGGCCUCGUCGACUGAAGGCAUAUUGGGAAUCUCAUGGCAUUUCAGGUCCUCCAUACAAGCUCUUUUAUGGAAACAUAAAGGAAAUAGCUGCAUUGAUGAUGCAGGCAAAGUCUUCUCCUAUGGGAUUUUCCCAUGACAUUUUAUCACGAGCUCUUCCAGAGAUUUAUCAUUGGACCAAAAUCUAUGGUAGGAAUUUUGUGUACUGGUUCGGUCCUACACCAAGACUUGUUAUUCCUCAGCCGGAGCUUAUCAGAGAGCUGCUAUCUGAUAAAUCUGGGGCCUUUGAGAAGCCUGAGAUGCCAAUACCACUGAGACAUCUAUGUGGAGAUGGUCUAACCAAUUCUAAAGGAGCAAAAUGGGCUCGACAAAGAAGACUUAUCAGUCCCGCUUUCCAUUUAGAAAGGUUAAAGGCUAUGGUUCCAAUGGCUGUGGAGAGCACAACUGAUAUGCUACAAAAGUGGGAAAAUAUCAUUGAUUCUGCUUCGCAAGAAAUAGAUGUAGUCACAGAAUUCCGGGAUCUUACUGCAGACAUUAUUGCAAAAACUUCUUUUGGUGGUAGCUUUGAGGAAGGAAAGCACAUCUUUGAUUUGCAGUACCAACAAUGCCUUCUGGCUGCUGAAAGCUUCCGAAAGCUUAUUAUCCCAGGAUACAGAUUUUUGCCUACUAAGAGCAAUCUGAAAGCCCACAAGAUAGAUGCAGAACUUCAGAGAGCACUAUCAGAGAUAAUCAUGAAUAGGCAAAAGGAUGAGAACCUGGAUAACAGUGAUCUUCUUAGCUUGAUGAUGGCUGCCAACAGACAAGAAAAAGAGCAUUUAAGCAUGAGUUUUCAAGAUAUCAUCGACGAGUGCAAGACAUUCUUUGUGGCAGGGCAUGAGACAACAGCCAUUUUACUGGCAUGGAGCAUCAUUCUUCUUGCCAUGCACACCCAAUGGCAAGACAAGGCCAGAGAAGAAGUUCUUGAUUUAUGUAACAAGGAUCCCCCCAAUGCCGAGCUUCUAAGUCGCCUCAAAAUUGUGAAUAUGAUUGUCUAUGAAGCUCUAAGGUUGUAUCCACCAUUGCCAUUCAUGGUAAGAAAGGCAAGCAGAGACGUAAAAUUGGGUAGCUUUGUUCUCCCCAAGGGCACUGAAAUUUCAGUACCCAUAGCUGCACUUCACCAUGAUGAAGAUUUGUGGGGAAGAGAUGCAAAAGAAUUCAAUCCUCAACGCUUCCAUGAAGGAGUUUCAAAAGCUGCUACUCAUCAAGCGGCGUUUAUGCCUUUUGGAUUUGGAUCGAGAAUAUGUUUGGGCAUGAAUUUUUCUCUGAUUGAGGCCAAGGUAGUUUUAGCCAUGAUUUUGCAGAGGUUUUCUUGGUCUCUAUCUCCUGCUUAUGUCCAUGCCCCUGCUCAAAAUUUUACCAUUCGGCCUCUACAUGGAGCUCAGAUUGUUCUGAACAAAGUCCUUUACGUUUAAAUAGGUAUAUAAAUUUCAUAGUAAAUAAUGUCAUUACUGCCAUGACAAUUCAACGAGGUUGACUCGAGGUGACUUCAGGGGUGACAUGUCGCAAAAGUUUAAAAUGGUCAUCAAGGCUUCAAUCCUUUUUUCUUUUUCUGUUUUUAGUAGAAUAAAAUGUUCACAUUUGUUAUGGCAGACUUUAUU